AAAGAGAAAGCAGAAAAGAAAAAAAUGGAAGAAAUUUGGAAGCUCAGCCAUUUGUUGAUGACAGUAUUUCUUUACAAUUUCGCAACCAUGAUGGUGGUUCCAGCCACUACAGAUGUCACCAUGUCCGCUCUCUGUCCCGGUCGAGACGAGUGCUCUCUCGCCAUUUACUUCACCGGUUUUCAACAAGUCGUUACGGGGCUUGGAGCGUUGCUCAUGAUGCCGUUGCUUGGAAACCUCUCUGACAAGUUUGGGAGGAAGACUCUACUCACUAUUCCCUUGAUUCUCACUGUAAUUCCUCUCGGGAUAUUAGGGUAUGGGAGGUCGAGGGAUGUGUUCUAUGUUUAUUUUGUCUUGAAAUGUAUAACAAGUACUGUUUGUGAAGGGAGCGUUCCGUGUUUGGCUGUUGCAUAUGCGGCCGACAAUGUACCGGACCACCAGCGAGCUUUUGCGUUCGGAAUGGUAUCCGCCAUUGGAUCUGCUGCUUCCGUCUGCGGGACUCUCUGUGCUCGUUUUCUCUCCAUUCCAUCCACUUUUCAGGUAGCGGCUUCUACGGCGGCUUUGGCGACAGUGUAUAUGAGGGCUUUCCUUACUGAUUCUGUCUCCAAUUGUAAUCUUUGUGCACCCCUACUAUCGGGGAAGAAUGUAGAAUCUGUUUCUUUGGAUCAAGUUUCCCCCAAGAAAGAAAAGAUUCUUACGACCCUGCCUUCAGUGAAUGAUCUUUUCUCCCUGUUGAAGACGAGCUUGACAUUUUCACAAUUGGCCAUUGUUUCAUUUUUUGGCAAUCUCGCUGAUGUUGGCAUUCGUGCUUCUAUACUGUACUAUUUAAAAGCCAGAUUUCAGUUUAACAAGGAUAGGUUUGCUGAUUUGAUGGUGAUUUCUGGGGUUGCUUCGACUAUUUCACAGUUACUUUUACUCCCCAUCUUGGUUCCUGUUCUAGGAGAGAUCAAGUUGCUCUCAGUUGGGCUCUUUUUCUUAUCCAGUCAGAUGCUUCUUUACAGCUUUGCUUGGGCUGACUGGGUUGCUUAUGUCGCUGCAAUGCUUUCUAUUUUGUUUAUUUUCUGGCAGCCUUGCUUGCAAAGCAUAGUGUCGAAACAAGUUGGUGCAAGCGAGCAGGGUAAGGCUCAAGGAUGCAUUUCAGGCAUAUCUUCAUUUGCCAAUGUCGUUUCUCCAUUGAUAUUCUCCCCUUUAACAGCUUUGUUUCUCUCUGAAAACGCUCCAUUUUAUUUCCCUGGAUUUAGCAUCAUGUGCAUUGGAUCUUCUGCGAUGAUAGCAUUUGUUCAAAGUAUCCUGAUUAGGGCUCCUACCAAAGCCAGCAGUAGCAGCAAUGUGGAAGCCUAGUUUUUGUUCUUCCACUGUUCAUAUUUUUGUUUUAAAUAGCGUAAAUAGAUUGUAUAUAUAUGUUCAAAAAAAUCACCCAGAUUUCCUUUCAUUUCCUCUA